AUGUCAAGUGAACCAGCAGUAACAGCAGGUGGUCAAAUCAUAACCACUACCCAAGCCAACAUAAUGGCCAGCUCACAGCUAGAAACCACCGCACCGACAGUUGGUCCUCAGGAAAAGCUAGUAAAUAUCGUGGGCACAACGAUGACCAGCAUCAAGGAAACGGUGAAAACUUUAAUUACAACACCGACAGCAACAACAACAACAACAACAGCUACAUCAACAAGCAGUAUGACCACCCCCACCACAAGCACCUCAACAACAGGAUUUCCAUCAUCAUCGGCCUCCCUUGCCGCCAUUGAUCCCACCAAACAAAGUGUUGCCGAUCUGAGCACCUCCCUGCAACACUUUGGCAUCGUGGACUAUUGCGUUUUCGUUUUGAUGUUAAUUAUUUGUGCCGCCAUUGGUUUCUAUUUCGGCUUCAUCGAAAAGAAACAGAAAAAGGGAAAGGGACAAAAGGGUACGGAACAGCGACGCGGUUCAGAGGCUUUGGAUUAUUUGGUGGGUGGUCGUAAAAUGAAAGUGUUUCCGGUAUCAUUGUCGCUGGUAGCCAGGUAU